AUGAGCAGCACAAGUCUCCUUCUACGGCGGACCCUGGCACAGUGGUGGCAGGUCCUGUUAGGGUUGUGGACACUCAUUCCCACCUGGACUGAAGACAAAGUGCUCAAUGUCUGCAAGCAACAGCACAAGAGACAGCCAGGCCCAGAUGACAACAGCCCCUUGAAGGACAAUGCCUGCUGCACAGUCACCACAAGCUGGGAAGCCCACCUGGGCACGUCCCUACUCCACAUUACCCCAAUUCACUGUGGAUUGUUGACUCCUUGCUGUCAGAAGCAUUUCUUUCAGGCCAUCUGCUUCUGUGAGUGUUCUCCUAACCUGGGGCCUUGGAUCCAGCCGGUGGACCCACAUAGGCAGACAGAGCAAGUUGUGAAUGUGCCACUGUGUCAAUAGGACUACAAGCAGUGGUGGGAUGGCUGCAGAUCCUCCCACACAUGCAAGUCCAGCUGGCCUGGUGGCUAGGACUGGGAUCAAGGAAAGAACCACAGCCCUGCAAGGGCCCACUGUCGCCCUUUCCCUGAAUAUUUCCCCACUCUAGCUGACCCAUGUGAGAAGAUUUGGAGCAACUCCUUCAUGGCCAGCCCUAACCAUAGGAACAGUGGGCAGUGUCUGCAGAAGUGGUUUGAGCCUGGUCAGGGCCACCCCAAUGUGGCUGUGGCCUGCUUCUUCACUACUCCUGGCCUAACCAGGGAACUCCCCUACACCCUCGUGGCCUUUUCCUUGUGCCUGUGCUUCCUCUACUGA